AUGGACACACCUAUAUCUCCCAGGAAAUUGGAGAGUCAGAUUUCUGAGUCCGGCAGUGAGUUCAUCAGCGACAAUUCUCUCAAUCUUAAGGGGGAUAAUGUAGAAGUAAAGAACUUGGCUUUGCUGCCUGUCUUGUCUCUGGACACAAUAUCGGAUUGUUUAGAAAAGAGAUACAAACAAGACCUCAUAUACACUAAUUGUGGGGACAUUCUUAUAUCAGUCAACCCUUUCAAAGAAGUAGAGCUCUGUUCCCCAAAGGUCAUUUUGGUCAGCGGGGAAUCGGGCGCUGGUAAAACAGAGGCUACCAAACUACUAGUCCAUCACCUGAUGUCGGUAGCUGGGUGUGAGUUCAAGACAUUGCAAGAUAUCAUAAUUAAGGUGAACCCACUUCUAGAAGCUUUUGGCAAUGCCAAAACAAGUUUGAAUGGUAAUUCUAGUCGAUUCGCAAAAUAUCUGUCUUUGAACAUCAACGAAAAAGGGAAGAUCGAAAGUGCACGAGUCAAGGACUAUAUGCUUGAGAAGUCACGAGUGGUACAUCAGGAAGCUGGGGAAAGAAACUUCCAUGCAUUUUAUGCAUUCUUGACUGGAGCCUCAGAUGAUACCCUAGAGACUGUGUUCAUCAAUCGCUCUGACACAUUUAG